AUGGCAUUGCCUCAUGACAAUGUGACACCGCCGUACAAUCCUGAUGCAACGAAACCUGCCGACAUAUCAACCACUGCCCACACGGCCGCGAACCCGGGCCCGAACCCGACUCCUCCUGGUCCCGCAUGGUGUCGAGCUGCGGCCGGCGCUGCUCGUAAUCUGGCUGGUCUGCUGACCAGGCGUGUAGCAGGAUGGAUUCCAGCUAGAGCCGGAGUUGAUAUAUCUUGCUUCCUCCUGCGGAUGAAAAGGAGACCGGUUUCUGCGUUUCCGCAGGGUGAAUGCGCUGAAGGUUGGGAUGCAGGCGCAGAUUAUGCCAAUUCCUCCUUCGGCAUUCUGACCACGGUAUCUGCCAUGAGGAUAUCCCGUCGACUCAUGCAGGUCCCUCCGGAUCUAUCCCCCGGGGCCCAGUAUGCAGACGGUGGACGACAGGUGAACGCUUUUAUGAAGACGAUGAUGAUGUAG